GCAACUUCGACCAAUGGAGAAAAGCGACACUCCGCCUAAGCCUGCCGAAUAAACUUCCUCCCUGUUACAGCCAAUUUUCCGUUUUCAUCUUUUUUUCUCGUCACCUUUUUACCCACUUCACAUUUUCAUCAUUUACAAACUGAUCAACAUUCUUCACAUAAACUCUCGAGGCCCUGUUUGAGUAGAACAGGGUUUGUUCUGAAGACAUACCACAUCAUUGGAGCUCAACCUCGACCUCUCCCAGCCAUAUCAUCAACAUGCCUGGAGCCUGGAACGCCGAGGCAGAGCGAGACCUCAUUCUGGCCUCUUGGGCAGGUACCAGCACCGGUCCCGUGAGGCCUGACUGGCCCAAAACAAUCGCCAUAAUGAAUGCCUGGGGCUACGACUUCAGCGGCGAGGCGCUCAAAAGCCGCGGGUCAAAAACCAUCUUGAAGGAUUUCAAAUCCAAGCAAGAGACCGCCAUCGCCACCAUCGCUGGCAACGCUCAUGUCGGCCUCAAGGCGAGCCCUGCCAAGAGGAAGGCAAAAGCCGCAAACAGUGGCGACUCGCCUGUCAAGAAGAGCAGGUCCACGCCCAAGACGACGGUCAAGACAGAGACUUUCGAUGAGGUGGCCAACACCUAUCUCCAAGACUCCAUCGAGGGUGACGACACCGAGGACAACGAGGGCGAUAACGAGGACACUGCUUCUCCUCUUCCUCAUCGAAGAAACCCGCGUCGCUCCGUCUCUCAGCCUCAUACCUACAAGGAGGAGAAGCUCGAGGGCGAGAGAGGGGAGGACAGCGACAGCCCCGCUUAAAACCUCGAGUCUGAUCAACAAAACCCUUCCAUACUCACUGCUCUGACGAAGUCCAGCAUUACUGUGAACAGGAGGCACCAGGUGUUGCAGGAAAGACUCGAAGCUUAGCGUUCGGGUGGGAUGUUUUGAUUUACAGCUCUGUUCUAUCGUAUUCCUGAUGACGGUUCACCUCUGGUUAGUUCUGGUCGGUUGGCGAAGGGAAGUUUUGACGGCCUGAACCCGGAAAUUGGUUUCGUUUUCUUUCUCUCUCUCUUCAUUAUUUUAUCCUUUCGCCUGCUGCAAUAUGCUCCGGCUGUGUCUUGCAUGGAAUGAGGGCCUCGUUCCGUCAAUUUUACAGACUGCGUUGUUUUGAGAUACGCAUAUUUAUGCCGCCUACCAAAGCUGGACAGAUAGGGGUUUAUCUUGGUAGUCGGCCACCGAGGGGGCAUAGAUUCACUAUACCAGCCUAAGUGUCUCGGAAUAACAAUUACACUUC